GCACGAUUUGACUAUCGUCACUAUGUCGAUACGGCCUAGUAUCACCCAGCUGUACCGUUCUCAUGACCUCUGACUUACAGACUUUUGUCAGCACAUAAUACUUUCUACUCAAGACAUCAUAACCCGCAAUGUCUGGCAGGACAGCAGUCGUACUUGUGCUCUGUAUUGUCUGUGUCGAAAGUGCAUUAAUAAAUGUCCCAAAUUAUUUCCCGUCAUCCUUUCGGAGAGCUGGAGGUGGAGGAAAUACAUUCAUCGCAUUUUCUGCUGGACUUACCAAUGGGACAGAAUCACAUGUGGCCACUAACGUAACAUAUGACAAAGUGUUUGUGAACGCUGGGAACGGAUACAACAAUCAAACCGGAGUAUUUACAGCCCCUCUAGACGGGACAUAUGUGUUUAUGUUCAACACACUAUCCCAGACAGAUCGUCAGCUCUGGCUGGAUCUCUACCACAACAAUAACUACGUAGUUACAGGGCAUGCGCACGCCGUCCACGAUUACGCUUCCUCCUCCAAUGCAGUCGUCCUUACCAUUUCUCGAGGUGACGCUGUGUACAUCCGAGCGAGGGGAGAUAACUUCGUUUACGGCCAGCCAGACGAAAUAUAUUCCACUUUCAAUGGAUUUAUUUUGUUUGCGUCAAAUCCAUAAUUACCAUGAUCUAUUUUCCAAUGCUCAAAAUAUGAUUGAAUAAACCAUGUUUAUCUACAGA